UGAAUUAGAUCAUAACUCCUAAAACCCCUGUCCUUUCCAAAAUUGCUGAUACAAGUUAAGAUGAAAGUAGUGGCCUACUACUUUCCACUGCAGUACUUUAGUGUCUCUUUGCCUUCCUAAUCUUAAGGUUGUGCAUUUAAUGUGAAUUUCAGCAGAAGGGGCCGGUAGGGUCCCAGAGUGGAAGGCAAACUCUGCGGUGGGUAAUGGAUUGAUAGGGCUGGAUUUAUCAAGUCUAAUUCAUUUUAGAGGAAGUUUCUGAAUUGUGUUUUUUACAAUAAAAAUAUUAAUUGUAUUGACAAAUCUGAUUCUUUAAUUACAGGUAAACAAGUGAGAACCAAACUUUCACAGGCAUUUAAUCAUUGGCUAAAAGUUCCAGGAGACAAGCUACAGAUUAUCAUUGAAGUGACGGAAAUGUUGCAUAAUGCCAGUUUACUCAUUGAUGAUAUUGAAGACAACUCAAAACUCCGACGUGGCUUUCCAGUGGCACACAGCAUCUAUGGAAUUCCAUCUGUCAUCAAUUCUGCCAAUUACGUGUACUUCCUUGGCCUAGAGAAAGUCUUAACCCUUGAUCAGCCAGAUGCAGUCAAGCUCUUUACCCGCCAGCUUUUGGAGCUCCAUGAGGGACAAGGCUUAGACAUUUAUUGGAGGGAUAACUACAUUUGUCCUACUGAAGAGGAAUAUAAAGCGAUGGUGCUGCAAAAGACAGGUGGACUCUUUGGAUUAGCAGUAGGCCUCAUGCAAUUGUUCUCUGAUUACAAAGAAGAUUUAAAGCCACUACUUGAUACGCUUGGGCUCUUUUUCCAAAUUAGGGAUGAUUAUGCUAAUCUACACUCCAAAGAGUAUAGUGAAAAUAAAAGCUUUUGUGAAGAUCUAACAGAGGGAAAGUUCUCAUUCCCUACUAUUCAUGCUAUUUGGUCAAGGCCUGAAAGCACCCAGGUGCAGAAUAUCUUGCGCCAGAGAACCGAAAACAUAGAUAUUAAAAAAUACUGUGUACAUUAUCUUGAGAAUGUAGGUUCUUUUGAAUACACUCGGAAUACCCUUAAAGAGCUUGAGUCUAAAGCCUAUAAACAAAUUGAUGCACUUGGUGGGAACCCGGAGCUAGUAGCUCUAAUAGAGCACUUAAGUAAAAUGUUCAAAGACGAGAAUGAAUAAUGUUAAGCCAUUCUUGAUUAGGCCUGAUAGCUUAUUUUAGUUAUUUUUUGUCUUUCGGUCUGUCAUCUUUUUCGAAAUUUGACCCAAGCUGUGUCUCCAAAAACUGAGUGAACAGGGGUGAUGUUGUUUCAAUUAUAACCACUCUGUACAGAUAAUAAUCAUAGUACAAAGUUAAAGGAGUCAAAAGGAACCGCAUUUAAAUAGGUCUGAUUUGACUGUCACAUUGUGCUCUGUUGGGGCCUGUGGCCUACUCUGCCAUGACUGUUUGGUUGAUUCUGUUAAUAAAGAAGACUUCAGCUUCCA